AGGAUACCAUUAUGCUGCAACGGCCGCGGUUGUUUUUAAAAGUCCGGAAUGAUAUUCUUCGAAUUUUGAUGUAACAAAGCAGGGGUUUGGUUGUCAUAAAUUGCAAAUGGAGUCAGACAAGCUCAUCAUCAGGAGUAAAACUCCUGACGGAGUUGUAAGUUUCGAUGAAUAUGGCUUUGCUGUGUUUGCAGAAGAUCAAGCGGACAUUGAGCGCAGUCACCACUACACUAGCAGUUUGCAGAAUCUCUCUGCUGAGCACGUGCUAACAUGGGAGAGAUAUAUCACAGAAUGGCCAAACUCUUACACCAACUCCCCCAACAAGCUUCGAUACCUGCUACGGAAAGGCUUGCCCAGAACUCUGAGACCAGUCCUUUGGAGUAAGCUGCUAGGAUGCGAGCAACAGCAGAAGACGUCGUCGUUCAGUUACUCGGAGUGCAUACGGGCCUUACGCUCCCAGAUGGUUGACUUGGGUAUCAGCGAGUACUGCUUCCGCCCCCAUCACCGCACCCCUCUUGACGAGGAGGAGGAGGAGAAUGAUCCCGGUAGAAGAGAGGAGACAGAUCGGCAUCAGCCAGCCGAGAUGAAGCAUCUUAUCCCGCUGCAGAUCCUCAGACAGAUUGUUGUUGAUCUGGAGCGAACCUUCCCUACACACCGUCUCCUCAUGGGAUCAAAACCUGAAGCAAAGGAAGGCCGUGCAUCUCUCUUCAGGCUUCUCAGUGUAUACGCUCUUUAUAAUCCAACAGUGGGAUAUUGCCAAGGAAUGUCUUAUCUGGUAGGCAUGCUCCUAAUGGUGAUGGACGACGAAGAAGAUGUCUUCUGGGCGAUGGUGGCGCUCUUCGAGAAACCAAAGUUUCUUGCUGGUUACUUUGACAAGAAUCUUAAAAGAAUCCAGAGCCACGCUUCUUUAUUCCACAAGCUUCUUCGACAGCGCUUCCCAAAAGUAGCCAAACAUUUUGAUUCGCUUGGUGUUCAGCCUCUGAUGUACGUCACACCAUGGUUCAUGUGCCUGUAUACGUCACUACCGUGCUGGGAUACCGUACUAGCGAUAUGGGAUCUCAUCUUACUCGAUGGAGUAACCACCAUAUUCCGAGUUGGUCUCUCUAUGAUUGACAUCCAUCAAGAUAUAAUUCUCUCAAACACAGACCUCACAAAGAUAUUACCUCCACUACUACAUCCCAGACCUGAAAUGGUGUAUCAUGAAAUCCUCAUACCAGCUGUGUGGAAGACGAAUGUGGAGAAAUGGGAGAUCGAGACACUCCAGGCCAUAGUAGCUGAAGAGGAAGACCCAGUACACUCAGGAUUGAAAAGAAGACAUCAGACAGAAAAAUUGUGUGGAGAUGUGUCACAGGAUAGCAAGCGAAUGAAAUUAGAAGAAAAACCUAAACCAGCGCCAACCAACAGCUUCUUCCAGCGAGUCAUCAAUAUCUUCACCCCUCGCAACCAGAGAGAUAACGAGCUUCAGGGUCAAGGGACUUCAGUUACAACGUCCCAAGAUCAAAAUCGCCGCGACACGAGACAGAGCCAACGUCUGACCCAGAAAGGACCAGGGGCAGCACGACUCGCAAGGCAUCGGACAAGUUCCAGGGUCAGAGAGCUGGCAGAGUUAAGGUCAACUCCAGGAAAAGGGCUCAAAGAAUGUAGGGAAUUGAAUACUUUAGCUUCAGAGGAUCUGGUGUCUCCAAGGUUUGGCAUGGAGCUUGGUCCAAUGGGUGAAGCAAGUGGAGCAUCUAGAAGAAAUACCAGAUCAGGAUUUACUACACUAGGGUGCAGUCAUACAGGAAAGGAAGGUUCCUGUGCAGAUGCCCAACCGUUGGGUCGAAGACGUACACCUAAGAAAGUUACCAUUGAAGAGAACGAGGUAGUCUUCAAAGGACACAGACAAGUUCCACUCACACCAAGGUCAGCUGGACGAAGCAAGAUGUUUGGUCGUCUCCACGCAAAGGUGUUCGGUAGCGAAGAGCCUCAAAGAUCAACGCUUUCCCAUCCGCUUGAGGAUUUGGCCAAGGCAUCGCCUGAACGCAGGAGAACCCCUACCAAAGCUAGACGUGGUCUUGGGAAGUCGCCAAAUCAACGACAGAGGACAUCCCCAAGGGUGGUGUCCUCUAGAUCUCAAAGACAGCCACCGCGCAGUGGCUGGCUGUCCCCCUACUGCAAGCAGUACAUGGUGAAUCCAUCUCUUCCGCCCAAAACCCAAUCACCACCAAAGGCAUCCCAGAAAUCCUCAAAGGCCUCCCAGCAAUCCUCAAAGGCCAGCCAUCUUAGCCCACCAAGAAGUGCAACGCCGGACUUCGACUUCUUCCACCUGGAAAGUCCCAUUCGAAGCUCGGUUGGCAACAAAGAGAAUAGUCCAAGCAAAGCCUUCCAAUUAGAUGGCCAAAUAAAAGCGGCGCCCUCGAUAGACAGCCUGGAAUCCACUCCGGAUGGUGUCCUCUCUGUUCUUGGUGAUACCAGCUCACAAGCUUGGAGAGAAAUAAGAUACUCCACUCUGAAUGAAAACAACAACUCAUUGUUCAAGACCCCUUCACACCCGAUGCAUCUCAGACCCAAGCAUUUCACACCAGGGAUGUACAGUGCCAAAACACCUAAGAGUGAAGAGCGCCACCUACUGGCCUGGGAGAACCCAAUGAAUAUGCCAUCAGCCAGGCGGCUGGUUUGUAGAUCUGCUAAAGCUCAGCAUUCCUUCAAGAUGUUUCACACACCGACCCCACUUCGACAAUCAAAGGUAGGCAUAAUGAACUUGUGUCUUGAAUGUAUCCAACAGCUAGUAGUCAAGGCUUCACAUGUUUAAUAAGAUGUUAGAUAUCCAAUUGAAACGGGUGUUAAUACUUUACCCUUUUUGGGGCCUGUGAUGGUUUCAGGAAACAAAUCCUGCAUUGAAAUAUGAUGGGACCCACACCCAUUUAAGACAAAGUAGCUGCAAAUAUCAUGGUAGGCCUACAAGAUAAGAAAUUUCAUAAGACAAAAAGCUUUCAGAAAAUGAAACACAAAGAAAGUGCAUAUCACAACACUGUUAAACGACUAGGUUCUAACGUCUUGGUCUGAAAAAUGGGAUACAAAUUCCAUAAAUUUCUAUUUUGUCAGAAAAAUGAUUGUACUUGCGUAUUCCUUUUAUCAUCAGGUACAAUAUUUAAAACACGCUUACACAGUAUGUCUAAAAUAUGUCCAGUCAUCUCUAACAAUAAAGGGACUUGGAGAUGCCCAUUUUUACGAGUUUGACAUGUCUUAUUCGUGAAUGAACAUGAAUAAUAAAACGGACAUGUACAAGUUUUAUCAUCUAAUCAAGAGUAUUUUUGCAUGUAUCUUAGUAAAAAUAAAAUGAAUCUUAGUCUCAAAACCUAUUUUGCAGGUGAACCAAAUCAUAUACAUGUAGUUCAAAUGCACUUUUUAUAUCAGUAGGCGUGAAUCCACUUGUCACCCUAUCUCAGUCACUACCAGACCAUCUUUUCCGACAUUCUGAAAAGGGGAGCAAACAUGGCUUUAUCGCUUCCCAACAAACACUCUUUAAGUCAAGUCAACAGACGCAGAAUUGGACAAAUACUGCCGAAAAUGCUCCCAAAAUUGAUACAUUUAUGGUGAAUCUGGUCUCGUUUGGAGUUCAUAUUUGUAUACCAAGUGGUGAAUGUCUCUCUCAUAGUUUACUGGAAAUCUUGGCUUUGUUGGGAAGUAAAUGUGUAAGCGGCUUUUCAGUCUUGUUUUUGUAUGGUCUGGGCUUUUCUCUUUUCACAUUGAAAGGGAAUGAAUAGGUUUUGUACACACGCAUGUGAUCCCGAAUGAACUUUUUGCUUUUAUGUGCUUUAUGGUCUGAUUCACACAAAAUUUUAUUGAUUUUUUUUUUUACUGAAAUAACCUGUUUCUUCUUUUCUCUGUGCAACUUUGUUCCUUCUUGCUUUUGUUCAUUCCGUAUACUCUGGUCAUUGUCAAAUAUUUAGCACCAGAAGAACUAUCCAGUAAAAUGAAGACAUUUUAGUUUAUUUCCUAAGCAUUAACUCUAAGUUGAAUUAAGUCAAUUUGGUCUCUCUCUCUCUUUUAAUUAACUUACAUUCUUUCUUCAGAACCAGUCCUCUUCUUGUGCCCCCAUUUCUCUCCAAUGACCUUCCUUGUCCUAUUCCCCUGUCACAUUUAUAUUCUUUAUAUCUUUCUUUAGCCUAAACACUACUCUGAAUGGCCAAGUGAAUUUACUAAACCAUUUUUUUUUUUGUUCUUUUCUUUUUAAAAAGGCACAAUAGUUCAAAGCAUCUAUGAUACUAAUUAAUUUUCAACAUACACGGAGAGGUAACACCUGGAAAAGCUUCUAAAUUAUUGUAUUCUCCAGAACUCCAUUUUCAAAGUAAACAUUCUCGUAAACUCUUACAAGAAAUUUUUACAAAAGUGUAUUCUUUAGAACUCCAUUCUAAAGUAAAUAUGCUCCUAAACUCUUACAAGAAAGUUUCCAAACGUGUAUUCUUCAUAGCUCCACUCUGAAUUAAACAAACUCCCAAACUCUUUCAGGAAAGCUUCCAAAAUUGUAUCCUUCGGAACUCUGUGAUGUUAAAAUUCCCCUAAACUCUUAACAGGAAAGUUUCCAAAAUUGUAUCCUCCAGAACUCUACUCUCGGAAUUCUCACUAUCAUUGUUACUUUGUAGCAUUAUAUGUAACUUGCCCUAAUUGGUGCUGCCUUAAAGGGAGUUCCAUAAUUGAAUGAUAAUAUUUGAACGUUCCAAAAAAAUUACAGGCAACAACAUUGGGCAUGCAGGUGUCCAAAUGCUUGUAAAGGGUAGAAAAUCAUCUCAUAAAUUUGAUGAAAACACGAGCGUUUUAUUAUAUUAGCGUCUUUAAAACAUCAUUAUGAAAACAUGAACCUGGGGGCCUCUUUCUUGAAGGCUCAGCCAUAUCUGAUGAGGAGCUAGUCUAACGUUGAAGAAAAAUAUUAUUUUGAAGGGUAGAAAACAGAACUGAAUUUCAUGUAGAUGUUCUAUUCAACAGUAAACUGCAUGAAAUUCUUCUUUUUGUAGUAUCAGGUUUAUUUUGCUUUCUUUGUUUGUGAAUUUAUUGUUUUUUAUCAUACUUCUGAAAACUUCAUUGUCCUGUUGUAGUUGCAGACACUUUUUUUUAAAGCUAAUGGCAUUACCCCCCCCCUCAAUGCCUUUGCAAAACUUUCAUAAUAAUCGUUUAUCCUGGUUACGGUUUCCCCUAUCUCUCUCUCUCUCUCUCUCUCUUUUCAAAGAAAUAGUUUC